UUAUAAUAAUAUAUAUAAAUACUUAAGUAAAUGCGUUCCACAAAAUUAUUUUUAUUGUUCGUACACACGUUUGCCUUAUGAAUCUUAUAAUACGAGUAUGAAUUGAAUUGAUACCAUAAUGAACGGAAAGACGAACGUUGAAUUUACAAAAUAAACGAUAGUGAUGAAUUAUAAGCGUAUAAUGUUUUAAAAUCUACAAAUAUCCUAUUAUUCACCUUAUUACUAUAACGAUAGGGGUGAGAUUUCACUAGAGUUGUAAUAUGUUUAUUUUCUCGCGAAGGAAGUUGAUACUUUAUUGCAAAGUUAAUGUAAAACAUUGUAAUACUCCUCACAUUCUGGUUCAGUCCAUUUCAAUAUGUGUUCGAGUAAACAUAUUCUACGUCUACAUUAUGUACAAGUUAGUUUUACCCAAUGGUCUUAUUCAACAGGAGAGUAUACAGUUCAACGCCACAGGGACGAGUGAGACGUGUCACUCAAAAUGCCAUGUCGCGGCCAAGACUCACAGCACAAGCACCUUCAGCACAGGUCACUGCAGCGAGCACAUCUCAACCAUGGCGAAGGCUUUCUGUGUUCUACUGGUGGUCGCGGCGGCGUCGGCGGUCCACGUGUCCUACGUGGCUCCGGUGGCCAGCGGGUACAUCUACAGGAGCGAUAACGGAGGCCCCGCGAGCCUCAUCCAGCUUGGAGCGCAGCAGUACCACCAGCCCGCGGCUUUCGCGCCACCUCUCCCUAUAGCGCAACCUUUGACCUUACCUUUACCUGAGCCUGAGGUCUACGAACUGCCCGCAACUCCUCUAACUUUCCACGGCGAAGCCGAACCCCUCGCUCAGCAUAUCGCCGAUCAAGAUGACGACGAUGAUGAUGAAGAUGACGAGGAGGAACACCCCGAUCCGGAGCUGUACGGAGAUUUAAUCGAAGUCGGACAUGGGCACGGACACGGCCACGCUUAUGAAAAGGGAGCAGGCAGCGACUACGGCGAAGAACACCAUGCCGCCCAUGGUGAAAAGGGUAGCAAGGGCUAUAACUCCAAAGACCACCACGCUUCAGGCGAAUCUGGACACUACGGCAAGGAACAUAAGGAGGGCCACUACGGCGAAUCCGAAGGGGAGAAAUCUGCCCACCACGACGAAGCUGAUGCCCACGGAAAGCACCACGAAGCCGGCUCCAGCUACGAGGGAGGCGACCACGGUCACAAGAAGCACUUCAGCAAAGGCGAGGAUGUGACCGGCUACCACAAGGUGUUCCACAAGGACGAGUUCAAGAAGGACCACGACUUCUACGACGUCGCCGACAACAGCGGCCACUUCAACAAGUACGGCAACGAGAAGGGCCAUCACGGAUCUGAGGAAGGCGGCCACAAAGAAGGUGGAUCCCACGACUCUGGUUCUGAUAAGGGUGAGUUUGGCAAAGCGGGCUUCCACGCUAAAGGGCAUCACGAUGAAAGCGACGAUAGCCAUUCCGCUGAGGAGGGUAAGGAGAGCCACUUCAAUCACAGCGAGGAGCACGGCAAGAAAGGCAGCAAUGAAAAUGGGAAAGAGUACCACUUCCAAGAUGAUGAUGAUGAUGAGGAGGAGGACGACGAAUAAACAACUAAACUGAUGAUAAUGUGUAAAUAUUUGUUAACUAAUUGUCCGUUUAAAUUGUUAUGUUUGUACGAAACGAAUGAUGCUGUAAAUAUUUUUUUAACGCUGAUAUAAACAAUUGAAAACUUAA